UCCCGGUCGAAAAACACCGUCCAGAAAAGCAACUGAGGAGACAGCGGUGCAUGUUUUCAUACAGUUUCUUUCCACUUAAAACAUCUCCAAAACAAGCCAUGAAACUCUGGGAUUGACACAAAAUGUUGCCAACAAAGGAAGUGAUGGAUUUGAGUUGUUUGUCCUCGGGUAUAAAGUUGAGAAACUACGAGGUGAAAAUGGAGAGCCCAGCUGAGUGAGAGUGGGGUGAGGAGGCUGGAUUUGGCAAAGUUGGGAGUCCUUCCCUGCUGCUAGCAGGCUAGCUAGCAUGCUCAGACACUUCGCUAUGUCGGGUUAAGUAAUGAGGCGAGAUUAGCUUCCCUCCGUUGUUCUCCAGCCUGUGAUAGUCCGUGGGAGCUGCUUUAUCUGCAGCAUGACCACAGCUUCUCCCAAUGGAUCAGUGCAGAGUUGAUGAUCUUGUUUUCUGUGGAUGUUCUGCCUGAAGCUUUAUGCAUUUCUCCUAAAGGCAAACACCCUUCAUCUUGUUUAAGAGAGCUCCUCUCCCUCCCCUGCCCUAAUCAGUCAUCAUAUUUGUGUCACUCAUACUAACUAUACUCAUGCAAUUGUGUUCUCAAACAUUCAACAUAUUACGCUGCUUGAGAUGGGGCCCUGGUAGGUUCUUCAAGGGGCUUGAGGUACCCCCUGCCUUCUGACUUCCAGCAGCAUGGGCCUAUAAAAUAAUAUUGGAACAACAGGACUUGCUGAUGGAGCCGAGACACACAACGUGCUUGCCCAAAUUAUAUUCAUGAAGCCUUGGACUUUUUAAACUGGACCUAAGUGGAUGUUUCGGGCGUAUUCAUGAACUGUGAAUGCUGAUGCUAGCUCACUGGGACUUGAGUCGGAGUAAUCAGUUUUAUUCAUGAACCCUCUUGCUGAGUCUGGGUACAGCCUGGAUGUUGGAUGCCCUGACUGUGUUGAAUCAGCUGUUGGGGUGAUGAGGCAGGGCUCCUGGUGGCCUGUGUGGCUGGCUGGGCAGUGGCCCAAGGUGAUGUGAUGGGGUGCAGGAACAGUAAGGUCCUCCCUGAGCCUCCAGGGGAUGUUCACUUGGACCUGGUCAAAAAGGUUGAUCCUCCUCAGACAGAUAUCUAUAAGCACUUCAUUCGAGGGGAUGGCACUAGGAGUAAGAUGGGUGGGGCCGGUGGAGGGGGAGGUAACAAGGCUGACUCCACCUCCCCAUAUCAGGCCCAAGCUGCCACUCCCGCCGCUUCCGCUCAGCCCCCUAAGGACCCAUCCGAACUGUCGGACCCUCAGCGGAAAAAGGUGGCAAAAUAUCGAGCCAAGUUUGACCCCCGGGUCACAGCCAAGUACGACAUCAAAGCUCUGAUAGGUCGCGGGAGUUUUAGCCGUGUUGUUCGCGUAGAACACAAGAGCACACGGCAGCCUUAUGCAAUCAAGAUGAUCGAGACCCGUUACCGGGAGGGGAGGGAGGUGUGCGAGUCAGAGCUGUGCGUUCUGCGACGCGUUCGUCACACCAAUAUAAUCCAGCUGAUGGAGGUCUUUGAGACGGCAGAACGUGUCUACAUGGUGAUGGAGCUGGCCACCGGAGGAGAGCUCUUUGACCGGAUCAUAGCUCGCGGCUCCUUCACAGAGCGGGACGCCACGCGGGUGCUGCAGAUGGUCCUGGACGGCGUCAAGUAUCUCCACACUUUGGGGAUCACUCACCGAGACCUGAAACCGGAGAACCUGCUCUACUACCACCCUGGAGCCGAUUCCAAGAUCAUCAUCACUGACUUUGGUUUGGCCAGUAGCAGAAAGAAGGGCGAUGAGUGUCUGAUGAAGACCACCUGCGGCACGCCAGAGUACAUUGCCCCUGAGAUCCUGGUCAGGAAGCCCUAUACAAACGCUGUAGACAUGUGGGCGCUGGGGGUGAUAUCGUACAUCCUGCUGAGCGGAACCAUGCCCUUCGAGGACGACAACCGCAUGAGGCUCUACCGGCAGAUACUCAAGGGGAAGUACAGUUUCUCUGGAGAGCCGUGGCCGAGCGUGUCCAACCUGGCCAAAGACUUUGUGGAGAGGAUUCUAACGGUGGACCCCAGUGAGCGGCUCACAGCUGGCCAGGCCCUCAAGCACCCUUGGAUCGUCAGCAUGGCCGCCGCCUCCUCCAUGAAGAACCUUCAGCGCUGUAUAUCUCAGAACCUGCUGAAGCGGGCGUCCUCACGCUGCCACAGCACCAAGUCGUCCCAGUCCACUCGCUCCAGCCGCUCCACCAAAUCCAACAAAGCCCGGCGGGUGCGGGAGAAGGAGCUGCGCGAGCUGAACCGUCGUUAUCAGCAGCAGUACAAUGGCUGAAACAGGGAUGGGGACAGCCAGUGACUGUAGCGGACCUUAUAAUUUUGGGGUAACCAGCACUACAAUGACUGAACUUUCACAAUGACUAUUGUCAUUCAAAGUCGCUGCCAAUGUUGGAGGCCAAGAUGGCUUUAAGUCCCAAAUCAUUGCCUUAAAAAAUAGGACAAUGAACAUGACUCAAUCCAUGGCUACCAGGCCGUAGAAUUAAGGUUGAAAAGUAACUGCUGCCAGUUGAGACUAUAGAACAAGUCAAUAAUGAUCAUGAAGACAAUGUAAUCUAUGAAUUGCUAUGGCAGUGUGUCUCCUGAUGAACACAGACAAGGACACACAAGUCAAGUUUUGAACUCCAAAGGUUACAUCAUCUCUCCAUUCCUUCACUUUUCCUCCGACAGGAUGGUGCCUUCCACUCCUUUGCUUUUGAUCCUUCAAUCUUUGUGUUUCUACAUAUUUAUUUAUUAUUGUUGACAUGAUUAUUAGUCUCCAUUCAAAUGGUCACUGGAUAAUGACCUUCCAUGAGGAUCUGUUGAACAGAGUUCUGGGUACUGACGUUUCUAAGAAGAAAGGACUACUUUAAGAAGAGGGGAAAACCAAUUCCCCUAACUCAUUCCUGAUUGAAAAUUGCUGUGAAUUAACUAUACUAUACUGUACUAAUUGUACAGACCUUGUCUUAAGAUGUGGUUAAUGGAAACACACUGCAACAAAACCACACACCCUUGAAGGACAAAAUGAAGGCGUAUCUUAGUUGCUUCUAAGCUCAUCUAAUCUUGCCAUUAUUGCCAUGUUAAUAUUCUGAAGCUGUCAAAAGAUCGUGAAGCUGUUUUGUUUUCCAUGUUAAAUCUUAAAUGUAUUGUAUUAGAAAAUAGGCCGCGCAGCCCGACUCCCAAAGAUUUUUAUAGAUUCACCCAUGAAGUACUGCUACAAUCCCUUCGUGCUGUAGAGCAGUAUUCUAAUAAUUAUCUGUCUUUAUAAGGGCAUGUGGUCAUUUCCGGCGUUGCGUGGUGUUACAGUGAAAGUGGCACAUGUUGCAUCCCGCUAAAAUGAAGAAAUUUGUUAUGCUGCUGCUCUUGCACCAGCUCUUUGUAAGUUCAGAGUUAGCCUGGUUAUAACAUAAGUGUUUACAAAGUGGAGUUUUACACAUCACUAAAUUAAAACAAGUUGCAGCACACAAACUAGUUCUUUUAUAGAAAUGAGUUGUAACUAAACAUUAACUACAAGGUGUUUCGUAGCUAACUGGACCCACUGAUGAAGCUAAUGUUAGCUUGCAAAUGCAUCACCCAUUAGAUUGAAGAGUAAAAGUUAUAUUUGAUCCGAGUUCCGACACAUGAUUGAAAUGCUGUUUAAUAAUUAUGUUUACUGGGAAGUCUUUAAAUUGCAAUUCACAAAAGAACACAAUAUUCCUGAAAUAAAAAAAAUGUUACGCCAAGACCCUUCAAUAAUUUUAGCUAGGUUAGCAUAAUCAGAUUUUUCCCACUCACGCCAAACUGCAUGAAAAGUACUAGUUUAAUUUAUAAGAUUGUUUGCUGCCUAAAACUGUCAUUUUCCACACAUAUUACUAAAGUCUUUUACGAGCUUAGACAUUUCUUCAGUUUUGAUGAAGUGCAUUUAGUAAAUUAGUAGUUUGAAACUAGCUAGAAGUUGCUAAUAACUUAGGAAGGACUUCCUUCACAAACUUGUUUAUGGAUUGACAAAUUGUUGGUGCAACCCAAACCAAGUCCUGCCACCUUUUCUAGCUAGCCUCUGUUCCACCAACAUCUGUAGCUCAGUGGGAUUGCUCCUAAACAUUUAUUUCAUCUGUCCUGUUAGCAUUCAGUAACAACAGAUCGCACCACAGUCAGCCAUUGGCACGCCCUCAAAGGAAUUUUUUUUCUUAAAAUUUGUUAAGUAUUCAAACCUUACUAACCAUUGUAAGGGGUAGUAGAUAUUGCUAUUUAGCACGGAAUAUGGAGAGGAAAUCCCAGAAAUGUGAUUCUGCUAGUGGAACAGAGGCUAACGGGAUCGUUCAGUUCUACAGUAGCUUUUAAACAGGUUGUAGGGACCCUUCAGAAAAACAACUGUCCUAAAUGGAAACCACUGAAGAUAAUAAGGAGCAUGUAGAGGUGAAUCAAAUGACCAUUAAUACUUAUAAUUAUUAAAAUAUUCUAAAUUACAAAACCUAGCACACGUAAUCCUAUGCAUACAUUUUCUUUAGUUUGGAAAGGAUGCCUUUGUUCUCUAAGUGUGAUCUCUAGUUGAUCAAAUCCACAAUGUUGAAAGUAAAAGCAUAAUAUAUUGUAGCACUCUUUUCAGUCAGAAUCAUAACUUGUCUAAUGCAGUCCAAUACCUAUCAUGUGUGGAUAGUCAGAAUAAGGUUUGUGACUACUGCAUUACUCAUCAAUAAUCAGAAAUGAGAAAUGGAGAUUUUGGUUUUUGUAAUAUUGUGUUGCAGUUUAAAUGUUAAAAGGCUGUGUUUCAGUAAAGUGAAUUUUCUGAACUUAAACAGUUCAGGCAAAGUGAAAUGAAUAAUGAAUGAAGCUGCUUGUUUGGUCAUCAUAUCCAUGUUUAAAUAAUUGAUUGCAAAUGAUUCCUCCCCAAAUUUACUAUUAAACAUUUCCCAAAAGUAGCACAACUUCAGAAAAAUAGGUUGGGAUUUUUUGCCUUUAUUCCUUUUGUUCCCACUUUAAUCUGGCAAAGCACUUCAUUAAAUAGAAUUGUGUUAGUUUUUACAACUGCAGUCUUCCUUUGUAUGGAACCAGUUCAUUGCGUUUUUAUAUAUUUUGCCCCUUCAGAACGCUCCCAGAGUAAAUCAGUUGCUACAGUGUGGUCUUUUCUUCUUUUUAUGAGCAUUUUGCUGUGAUCUAUUCCAGACUUAUAAAGUGUGUUGCUGUUGUGAACUUUUUAACACAUACUGGAAACCUAUCGAGCCAUGUCAGCUGACCUCAGUUUUUCCCUUUCUUUUUGUCUUUUGUCCUUUACUGGUUCCAGGAUUCUCUGUCAUCUUUCUGCUCUUUCUAUUUUCCUUCAUGUAAGGCAGAUUUAAAAACUUGUUUUCCAUUGUCCCACAGCUGUUUUUGUCCUGAUGUCACACCUUCUGGUGAGACUUAAAUGUUUAUAAAAGAUGCAAGUCAGGCUUACAUUGGAACUAGUAUUGGUACAUACAUAAAUUUUCACUCUGUCUACAUUUUGUGAGAUACCCUACCCAAAAAGUGUCUUUUUGAUAUCAAACAUGCAUACUCUGUAGACUUGAAGAAUUUGAAGAAAGGUGCAUUUAAAGUGCCUUCAAAGAGAAAGCAGCUGUGGUCAUAUUAAAAGAAAGAUUUAAGGUGUCAUAUCUUCUUCAACAUGCAGAAUAAGGAGGUUGCCUUCGUUCUGAUAGUUAGUUCAUUGGUUGCUCCUAGAGCAUAGCAUAUAUGCGAGAGAAACAUAUUUAACCUGUCUCAGCUCUGAGACUCACAGUCUCAAAGUAAUCAUUUGGGCUCAAAGGAAUUGCUGUGGUUGAAUUAGUCAGCAACAUUGUUGAGUGCCUAAUGUGUACCAUGUUCAAUGAAUAACCAAAUCAGUUUUGCAGAAUGUCAGCACUUGGGAAGUGUUUCCUUUCAUGUUUUUAUAUAUCUGCGUGAUUUUAUGUAAAUGCUGUUGUCCUAAAUGAAGUAGCCAACUCAACACUGUUACCUGAGAACAGUUAUUCGUCCUUUGUUUUUAUUUGUUUAAAUGAAUGAUAACACUUUGAUUCCUCUACCAUUAACUUUUUUUUAUUUUUUUAAACGGUGAGUUGUAUGUGACAAUAAAACACUCAAACCAUGA